AUGUUUCAGCUCAAGAAGCUGAAAUGGCUCUCGCUUCUCUCAAACGAUUUAUCUGGCGAAAUACCAGAAGAUAUUAGAAAUUGUUCGUCUUUGAUUCGGUUUCGAGUUAAAGAUAACAAGCUUACUGGGCCAAUACCGAGAGAGAUUGGGAACUUGGAAAAUCUGGAUGCCUUGGAUCUCGGAUCGAAUCAGUUUUUGGGAAAUGUACCGGCCGAGAUCUUAGGCUGCCGAAACUUGACGUACCUGGAUUUGCAUUCUAAUUUGAUCACCGGACAGUUUCCUGGCGAGUUAAGCAGCCUUGUUUCGUUGCAGUUUGCUGAUUUUUCGGAUAAUUUGAUUGAAGGUACUUGGCCAUUUCGUGCUUUUCCACCUAACAUUGUUUUCUUUUCAAUCUCAAGGAACAAUUUUAGUGGAGAGAUCCCUCACUGGAUUUGCAAUCUCAAUCUUAUCAACUACCUUGAUUUCUCUCAUAAUCAUUUUAGUAUGAUUCCUCCAUGUUUGGGAAACAUGAGUGACCUCAUAAAUUUGGAUCUGCGAAAUAACAACCUUUAUGGCACCAUCCCAAAAUUUAUAAAGUGCAGUAACUUGAGAAGUCUUAAACUAACUGGCAAUCAAUUAGAAGGGUCAUUGCCACGUUCAUUGGUCAAAUGCAAAAAAUUGAAAAUUCUAGAUGUUUCAAACAACAAGGUUAACGAUACAUUCCCUCGUUGGUUAGUAAAUCUUCCAGAGUUAAGGGUUCUCCUAUUGCGAUCAAACAACUUUCAUGGUUCAAUAGGCAAUCACAAGACUAAACUCUCAUUCCCUAAUUUGAGAAUCAUAGAUCUCUCUCACAAUAUGUUCCAUGGUCAUUUGCCAUCAAAUCUUUUCAAGAACUUAAUAGCCAUGAUGAAUGGGAGCGUGGAGAAAGGUAAACUGCAAGAUAUGGGUGAAGGUUAUCUACAAUAUAUGGAUUAUACUUAUUAUCGUGAUUCUAUUACCAUUGAUAUUAAUGAUUCUAUUACAAUUGAUAUUAAAGGGAAUUAUAUUGAUGUGGUGAAGAUCCAGACUCUAUUGACAACCAUUGAUUUUUCCAACAAUAGCUUCAAUGGAGAAAUUCCAAAGGUAAUUGGAAAGCUUGGAUCGCUCAAAGGGCUAAAUUUUUCACACAAUAAUCUUAUAGGUCAUGUACCUAUAUUAUUUGGAAAUUUAACUAAUCUUGAAUGGUUAGAUCUCUCCUCAAACAAGCUCACAGGUGACAUCCCUAUACAAUUGAUAGAUAUUACAUCACUAGCAAUUUUAAAUCUAUCAAAAAACCAUCUUGUGGGACCGAUACCUCAAGGUAAACAGUUCAAUACGUUUACAAAUGAUUCUUACAAUGGAAACUUGGGUUUAUGUGGAUUUCCGAUGACAAAAACUUGUGGCAAUGAUGAGGGACAACACCCACAACUAUCAUCAACCAUCCAAGAAGAUGAUUUUGAGUUUGCAAAUGGGUUUAAUUGGAAAGUUGUGUUGUUGGGGUAUGGAUGUGGAUUCAUGUUCGGAUUAAGUAUGGGUUAUCUUGUGUUCUCAAGUGAAAAUUCAAAAUGGCUAGCGAAUGGUGUUUAUGGAAAACGACACAACAAGGUGCGAAGAUCCAAGAAGAAUGCUCGUAGAAGAAUUAAUUGA